AAAGCAGGUAGAUCAACAGAUGGAGGAAGCAGAGGCACAGAAGAGGAGCACUCUCAAACAGAAGCUGCAACACUCCUGCAAGAAACAUGCCCAGGCUGUAGACGCACAGUUAAGGGAGUUGCAGGGGCAGGCAGCCCAAGAGGAGGAGCAGAUUCAGAGAGUCCAGCUGAGGGCUAAGCUGCAAAGCAUCCAGCAGCUCGCAAGCAAACAGAUCCUGGUCCAACUCAGCCAGCAUCGCAUGGAGAGAGCUGCCCUGUACGCUUCAGCCCGGCACAGGAACCGAGCUCAGCAGACACAGCAACACAACAAACACAGACAGAUCUCCCACCAGAGGCUCAGAGAGAAGCUGCAGAGAGAGGAGGAGGCAAUGAGGAAGGUCAGAGAAAGCUACAUCUCUAUGAAGGACUGGAGGAGGGAGAGACUGCGGCAACAACAAGAGCAGAUACAGGAAGAGGCACAGAGGCUGGCUCGGGCCUCCUUUCACAUGAGAGAGAGAGUGAGAGAGCAGACACACAGUCGGACCUUUGAUCAGAUGGCUCUGGAAGCUCAGCUGACUGCCACCAUGAGCAGCAUGAAACUAUGAAAGAAAUGACUUCUGACAUCAGAAAGACUCUUCACAUGAGCGCUUCCUCUCAGACAUAAAUGCAAUGCUUGCAUCAGCUGAUGUGCUCAUCCAGAGCUGCUUAGACGAGGACUUGCAGUUAAAAUAAGUGACAGUUCUAAAAACAAUACAGAAAAACAUAGCUCAUAUCAGCAAUUUAAAAAUGUAGAGGAUAUGCCACACAAGUAUGUGAACACGUUAUAACCAGCUGCUGCUGGAGGGGGAAGCCAGGACUAAAAUACACAGGGCUAAACGUUUCUAGCCAAAAGGGGCCUAUGUAGAUUAACAGAUGUCAUUUUUUCUGGGUGUAAUGACUCACAAAGUUACAGUCGUAUUGGAUAGAACUGCAUAGUUUGAGUCCAUAGGAUUGUGCCAUAUAUUUUCCAUUUUCUAAGUUAAAAGGUUUUAACUUUAUAAAAGUUUGUAAUGAAACUGUAGAGCCCUGCCUGACCUUAAGGUGAUCUCCCAUCAGGGUAACAAACACUGUGCAGUGCUUUACAACAGUGGUUUCUAACAAUUUUUGGAAUGUGACCUCAUAAAAUUAAGCAACAUCUUGUUGUGACCCCUCAUGUCAGGUUGCAUUUGUCUAAGAGCUGUAAACAGUUUAACACAUGCAUUGAAUCAAGCUGUUUGUACUGCAUGAGCCAACAUGACACAAUAUAGCAUAACAGCCCUGUGCUGCUGGUGAGAUAGGGAUUAGAUGAGUGACCAAGAGGAAGUCAGGGGGCAGGAGAAAAGAUACCUUCUGCCUCCCUGAAUGGAGGGAGAGAGGUCACGAAGGCUACACGGAGGAGGAUGAAAGGGAACAAGACAGGGAGCAGAAGACCCUAGAUGAUUGAGUCGUCACUGAGCCAAAGAGCCAGCACCAUUGGGAGCCCGACCCCCAGGAUGAGAGUGGCGCUCUC